UUUACCAAUUAGUUGUUUUAGAAAUUUUGUCCAUAAUUAGAGUUAAGAAUUUCUUAAGAUAAAAUUUAUGUAAAAUGAAAGAAAAACAACGUAAUUCAAGUGAAAAAACAGAAAGUUCGUUAAAAUCAACAACAAACCGAAUUGAAAAAUGUUGCCAAAACAAUAAUAAUACAAGUAUUCUGUUGGUUCUAGCUGUUUGCGUUGGAUUAACAGCAAUUAAUAUUUACGAAAUACGCCGUAUUGAUACAAAUCGACAAGUAAUAGUACAAGAAUCAGCUCCAAAGAUUACUCAACCAACUUGUCCAUCCAACGAUAUCGAAAACAAUCGACCAAUAUACUGGGUUUACGGACGAAAUGUAGAUAGUGGAUAUUUGAAACAUGUAUUUUUAGUUUUGGAACGACUUGGUUACCAACGUGGAACGAAUAAUUCAAAUUGGGAUUUAUUAUGGGCCCAUGAUUAUCCAUUUCGUACUUUAUAUUCACAGUUAAAUAAUUUAAAAUCACAUCAAAAAGUUAAUCAUUUUCCUGGAUGUGGUUAUAUUACCAAUAAAGUUGAUUUAUCAACGAGUGGUGUGAAAAAUAUGCCAUUAGCUUUUAAAUUACCACAGGAUAAAGAAAAAUUGCUGGAUUAUGUGAACGAAAAUCCAGAUAAAUUAUUUGUACAAAAAAGUAAUGCUCAUCGAGGUAUUAAAAUUGAACCAAUCAAAACAUUGGAUUUGAAUUCAAAUGAAACUUUCAUUCAGGAGUAUGUGGAUAAACCAUUUUUGGUAGAUGGAUAUAAAUUUGAUAUUGGUGUUUAUACAAUUAUAACGUCUAUAAAACCAUUACGGCUUUACAUUUAUUACGGAGAUGUUUUGUUUAGAUACUGCCCGGUUAAAUAUUAUCCAUUUGAUCCCGAAAAUUUAGAUAAAUAUGUUGUGGGUGACGAUUAUUUACCAACAUGGGAAGUACCUUCAUUAAAAAAGCUUUAUGAUGAAUUUGGAUAUUCCAUGAAAGAUAGUUUUGACGCAUAUGUUCGUAUGCAAGGUAAAAAUCCUAAAACUAUAUGGGAACAAAUUAAUGAUUCAAUUAUGGAAAUAUGUUUGAAGAAAGAAAAGCAAAUUAGUAAUAUUUUAGAAAGAUUUAAAUCAAAAUCACACAAUUUCUUUGAAAUGGUACGAUUUGAUUUUGUUAUUGAUGAGGAUUUGAAUGUUUAUGUUAUGGAAGCAAAUAUGAGUCCAAAUUUAUCAUCCGCUCAUUAUCCACCAAAUCAAUUGUUAUACGAACAAGUUAUAUUUAAUUUGAUGGGUCUUGUAGGUUUAGCUAAUCGUGUAAGAAAACCAUCUUUAGCAACUCGAAAUCGUCCCGAAGAAAUGAUGCAAACAGCCGAUAAAAAUUUAGUUGUUUAUCCCGAAGAAUGUGUGAGCAAGAAGUGUAAUGAAGAUUGUUUGAGCCCAAACUGUGAUUUAUGUUUACCAUGUUUAACAUCAAAUCAACGUAAUAUUUUAGUAAAUGCCUACAGAGAAUAUGUAAAUCGGGGUGAUUGUAAACGAAUAUUUCCUCCAUCAUUGAAUUCGAGUGAAACUGAUUUAUCAACAAAAUUAGCCAGUUUAUCGGAAGAAAAUCAAUGGUUGUAUAGAUGGUUUUACGGUAAAUGUUUAUUGGAUGAUGCAUGGUGCUAAAUUAUAAAAAUUAAACAUGAAAAAUGUUUUAAGCAUUUCUGGUACUUGGUGCAGUUAUAUGUACAGUUACCGUAUAAAAAACUGAAACACCGUGUUUUAAAGAUUGAUUAAUGCAAUUUUAUUGAUUUCUUUAUUUAAGAUUAUCGUUACGUCGUCGUUGGUAUCGAUAUCUAAUACAA